CCGUUGUCAUUUGACGUCAUAUCCUGAAUCUCAAUUUUGUUUUUAACCCUUCAAUGUUCAAUCCGUCGAAAUUAAAAGCGUAUGGCGGACAAAGAAUACGAUGGUUCAGCUGGUAUUGAAGCCUCCGCUGCAAAAAUAUUAACGAGAGCAAUUACACUGGAAAAGGAGGCACGACUACAGGCGGCGUUAAUUUGUUACCAAGAAGGAAUCGAUUUGUUGUUUGAUGCACUGAAAGGCUGUAAAGACAGUGCUAAAAAGAAGCACUUUCGAGACAAACUAGAAGAGUAUAUGACAAGGGCUGAACAGGUAAAGACUCGUGUAAACCACCUUAAAGCUGCUGGGAAAUAUCAUGACCAAACAAAGAUUGAAGAGAAUUCUACCGGACAUAGUUAUGCGUCUUUAUUUCAACCAUAUUUCGAUGAGUUUGUUCGAGAAGUAUGGGUUGAAGAUGCAUAUAUAAGAAGCUAUCAUCAGGUUAACAAUUUUCUAAGGUUUUGUGAGUUCGUUGUGACAAGGUGCAAAAAUGUCAGAGCUAUUCACCUAAAAACUACACAUGAUGACUAUGGAAAUCAAGACCAACAGAUAUCCAAUUUAGAAAGCAUUAGGGCCAGUCUCAAAUCCCGUGAAAUAAAACUAGUAAUUAUGUUUUCUUCCUCCCUGCAUGACAGGGAAAUUCGGUUGGAUACCGGAUGGAUCUUGAAAAUAGGCCGUGGUCUUGAUUACUUUAAAAAAGCCGAAAAAUUUUCAUUAGGGUUCUUCGAUAUGGAUAUGCGGCCCUGCCAUUCUACCACUGUGGAUGUUUUUCAUUCAAAUCACACUCGAGAAAGAUAGCACUUGAAACAAUACUGUACAGUCCAAACAAAAUUUAAACACUGUCCCAAUCCCUCAAAAUCAAAUGGUUACAUACAUACAUCAUUUAAUUUUGAGCCUUCAGUAAAAUAACAAGUAUCACUUUAAUUAAUGACCACCAAGCAAACACAUGGCUGCUGUGCAAAGCUACAGUUUUAAA